GUGACACGACCUAGAUAACACAUUCAUCCCAGCAGCUAGACUGAGCGUUGGUCAACCUUGGGUCACGCUGCUCACGCAACGCAACGUAGCGAAGCAAACCAAACCCCCAUAAAGGUAUCAAGACGUAGGGCGUGUCUACGUGUUCACACGCUAUAUAGUAUUUGAGAACUAACUUUGUUGUGAAGUAGUAAAAGCGUGCAGUACGGACGGACGCCCAGAGGAACCAUGUUUGGAGCUCCGGUGAAGUUCGCUGUUUUAGCGGCGUGGUGGUCUGCAUGGGCUCUGACCUGCUCCUGCCAAACAGAGGAGGAAAAGCAGCCGAAAUACUGGAACGACCUGGCCUGGAAGGACAUCCAAGAAACCCUCAAAGUCCAGCCGAAAACGGGCGUGGCCAAGAAUGUGAUACUGUUUGUAGGCGACGGGAUGGGCGUGUCCACUGUGACGGCGGGGAGGAUCCUGAAGGGUCAGUUGGCGGGGAGGACGGGGGAGGAGGAACUACUGGAGAUGGACAAACUGCCCUACUCGGCUCUCGUCAAGACGUAUAACGUUGACCGUCAGACGGGGGACUCUGCCGGCACGGCCACGGCGUACCUGACCGGCGUGAAGGCGAACUACGGUACGGUGGGUGUGGACGCGACGGUGAAGAGAAACGACUGUGCCGCUAGUUUCACGGGGAAAGUCAAGUCUGUCCUCAAACACGCACACGAAGCAGGGAAGUCCACGGGUAUUGUCGUGACGGCACGGAUCACUCACGCUUCGCCCUCCGCAUCCUACGCCGCUUCAGCUAACAGGGCGUGGGAACAUUCCGGUAAGCUCCCUACCGACGCUCAAGCCCUCGGGUGCAGCGACAUCGCCCUGCAACUUGUGCGGGACAACCCGUUUAUAAACACUGCAGCUACCCACUCAGAAAAGAGCCUUUUUCAGCCAGAUCACAUGCAGUACUCACUGGACAGGGAGGACGACCCAGCAGGAGAACCUACCAUUGCCGAGAUGACCACCAAGGCCAUACAGAUACUUAGCAAGAACCCCAAAGGUUUCUUCCUAUUCGUUGAAGGUUCAAAAAUAGACCUUGGUCACCACGCAAGCAAGGCAGCCCAUGCUCUACAUGACCUUGUUGCCUUUAACGACGCUGUUGGCGCGGCGAAGACCAUGCUUGACCUGGAUGAAACCCUGUUUACUGUGACGGCAGAUCACUCCCACACUUUCACCUUCGGAGGAUACGCACCCAGGGGAACGCCUAUUUUGGGUAUCGUACCGGAAAGUGAGGACAACAUUGUUCUGGAUGGCAAACCUUUCACAAACAUCCUGUAUGGAAACGGACCAGGAUACCGACUGGAGGGGAGAGAGAACCUCACGGGAGUUAACACAGCCGACAAAGAGUACAUCCAACAGUCAGCCGUCCCUAUGAAGUUUGAGAGUCACGGCGGGGAGGACGUGUCCGUGCUUUCUGACGGGCCCAUGGCGCACCUGUUCCGGGGACUGCACGAGCAGUCGUACGUGGCACAUGUCAUGAAGUACGCCGCCUGUAUAGGAGAGUACGCGUACGGACAAACGUCCGGUGGAACCAUGUUUGGAGCUCCUGUGAAGUUCGCUGUUUUAGCGGCGUGGUGGUCGGCAUGGGCUCUGACUUGCUUCUGCCAAACAGACGAGGAAAGACAGCCAGAAUACUGGAACGACCUGGCCUGGAAGGACAUUCGAGAUGCCCUCAACCUCCAGCCGAAGACGGGCGUGGCCAAGAACGUGGUGCUGUUUCUCGGCGACGGGAUGGGCGUGUCCACUGUGACGGCGGGGAGGAUCCUGAAGGGUCAGUUGGCGGGGAGGACGGGGGAGGAGGAACUACUGGAGAUGGACAAACUGCCCUACUCGGCUCUCGUCAAGACGUACAACAUAGACCGGCAGACGGGGGACUCUGCGGCCACGGCCACGGCGUUCCUGGGCGGCGUGAAGGCGAACUACUACACGGUGGGCGUGGACGGGACGGUGGCUAGAGGCGACUGUACCGCUAGUCUCACGGGGAAAGUCAAGUCUGUUCUCCGGUACGCGCACGAAGCAGGGAAGUCUACAGGCAUCGUAGUGACGUCACGGAUCACUCACGCCACGCCUGCCGCAGCAUACGCCUUUGCAGCAAACAGGGCGUGGGAACAUUCCGGUAAGGUCCCUAACGAAACUCAAGCCCUUGGGUGCAGCGACAUCGCCCUGCAACUUGUGCGGGAUAACCCGUAUAUAAACGUUCUACUUGGUGGUGGAAGAGCCUAUCUGACCACUACCAACCAGACGGAUCCGGAAUAUCCGGACCAGAAGGGAUUCCGGACGGACGGCCGUGAUCUGAUCCAGGAGUGGCGGGACGGGAAACAAGGCUCCGCCGCGCAGUACGUCUGGAGGAAGGCGGAGUUCGACCAAGUCGAUCCGGCACAGACGGACUAUCUCAUGGGCCUUUUUGAGCCAGGCCACAUGCAGUACUCACUCAACAUUGGGAACGACCCCGCAGGAGAACCUACCAUUGCUGAGAUGACCACCAAGGCCCUGCAGAUACUCAAGAAGAACCCAAAAGGUUUCUUCCUACUCGUUGAAGGUUCCAGAAUAGACCUUGGCCACCAUGACAGCAAGGCUGCGCUUGCGCUGCAUGACGUCAUCGCAUUCGAUGACGCCAUUGGCGCGGCGAAGACCAUGGUUGACCUGGAUGAAACCCUUUUUACUGUGACGGCAGACCACUCCCACAUGUUCAGCUUUGGAGGCUACGCGCCCAGAGGAACGCCUAUUUUGGGUAUCGUGCCCGAGAGUGAGGACAACGAUGUUCUGGAUAACAUGCCUUUCACAAACAUCCUGUACGGAAAUGGGCCAGGAUAUGGCCUGGAGGGGAGACAUAACCUCACGGGAGUCAACACAACUGACAAGGACUACAUUCAACAGUCCGCCGUCCCCAUGAGGUAUGAGAGCCAUAGCGGGGAGGACGUGUCGGUGUUCUCUGACGGGCCCAUGGCGCACCUGUUCCGGGGACUGCACGAGCAGUCAUACGUGGCACACGUCAUGAAGUACGCCGCCUGUCUGGGGGAGUACGCGGAGACAUGCCAGACCUCCCGUGUCCCGCCCUGCACCACCUCGGCAGCAGACAGGCGCACCUGGAGCGGGUUCGCUCUGGUCAGCACAUUCCUCGUCCUCGUGGUCAGGUGCAAGCUGGGUUGAUUUGAUUGAUGAAAGGAUCAAGUAUUUGUCACAUUUCUUUACCACAGCCACUUAUUUCUUAGAGAAAGGUGAUCUAAAGUUAUAUUUGAAAGGAUAUUGUGUCUUUUUAUCUUAUGUACAAGAAUUAGAUUUCACAAGGAGGUUUCUGGGAGUCAAAGGUCGUACAUGCCCUUUGACCUUUGACUCCCAGGUCACUAUCCUUCAGAGUUGAAGAAAGAUGGCGUCUUCCGUUUUCAAGUCUCUCCAGGCUGAACCUUCGGCUGUGAGUUAUAGUUAAUCCUUCAUUUUCAUGCAUACUCAGAGUGUGUGUAUUGGCGUAAGAAAGUGUAAUAUAAUGUAGUAAUUUGCUGCGGAACUGAAACAAGUAAAUGUUACCAGAGACCAUGAUUAGAUCUUGCCUAUGCAAAGUGUUCGGAUCGGGAUACGAAUAAUCACUACUUAAUCACAGGAUCUGACGCUGGUCAUUAGUCGGUUUGACAGAAUUUUUAAGGUCAAUAGUAUUUUAAUUAUAGGGUGUUUUGUAUAUAUUCACAUCAAGGAUUUUGAUAGCCAUUUUGUUAGUUAUCACGACAAAGUAGCAUUUAUUAUUGUGUUUAUUUGCUGCUUACAGCUGCUCAACUCUAUGGGUGGUGGUAUAUUAGAAUUAAUAUCCAUCAAUAUUGAUACAAUUAAUGAAUUGAUAAUAAUAUUCUUAAGGUACAUUUUAAAUUACGAAAUGAGACUUCUAAACAAUAACACCCCAGAUAUGUGAUCUCACAUUGCAUUAGAACAGUUUAUUAAAAUGAUUUUCCAAACGACCAGAGCUUUCGCUAAUUAUAGAAUUAGAUAUAAUGAUACGAAGACAAAACGUAAUAGAUAAACACCAACGGAGCUUCAUACUGUACGUAUGCUCAUGAUGUUCCACAAAUGACAACUGUUUGGGUUCGCAUGUACAAAACGUUUAUGGUCCCUCAAUAUAUUUUUAAGAUACGAUAACAAAAGCGUCUCAAAUAUACUAACAUCAACAGUAAUGUCCAAUAGUUUGACUGUUAAAUAGCAACAUAUUUUUAUAUACAUCGCCAACAUCAGACAACACUGCGGCAGAUUACACACAAAAAUAGCUCUCUUACAAAAUGGUUUUAUCUCUGAAGUCCUUUAAGUUGGUAUUCUUAUUUUAUACAACCACAAACGAUACGUCACAAAAACUAUAGACAUCAUAGGAUUCAACAAACGACUAUAGCAUUUACAUCAUAUCAACAACAUUGCUCGUUGAAUCAUGUAAACAAGAAAGUAAGGAAUAAAACUUGGUAACUGGGAGCACCUUUUACAGAAUAGACGCUAUUACAUAACAUCUUUGACUCGUCAUAAUUUAUUUUUUCG